UAUUGCAAUAAAAAUAGCAAUACACUCCGCCUAACUUUAUAGUGAAAAUGAUGAAAAUAUUACUUGCCGUGUUCCUGAACUUUUAUUUGGUUUCAACGAUGACCACUAAUCCGAGGAGCGUGAAUGUCGCUCUGGAGACCUCGCUGCUAUUUCAACCCGGCGAGCAAAACAAUAUUGCAUUCUUAAACAAAAUCCGCAACUUCAUAGACCAAAUAGAAAAAGCUAUUACACCGGUGAAGGCUUUCCUGAGAUCUGCUGUUGAUAAGAAGAAUAUAUUCUCAAAGUUUCUGGAAAAAAUUACUCAUAUACUCCUUAAAUAUGAGGACCAGGAUUUAGAAGAAACUGCCAUUAUACUAACUAACGAAGUAGAGAAAAAACUUAAUGACGAAGAGAUCUUCAGCGAAAACACUAAAAAUGCUAUAAUGAAAAUACUAAAGGAAUAUUGCAAAGUAGACGCGAAGCUGAUACGAAAUAAUCUUAACAACGCGUUAAAAGGAAAUGAAAUCAUAGUAACUUUAUUAGCCGAUAAAAUAAACAGUCAUUUCGAUGAAAACGAUUACGUAAAACUAGAAGAUUUACUCCACAAAACAGCUAAAAACGUUAAAUCAGACAAUGCUAAAGCUGACAAAGCUAAAAUGGGAGAAAUAAAGAAAAUAGUCAAAGAGUUUUUGAAUAUUUUAAAAGACAAAUUUGAUAGUUUAGACGAAUCAAUAAAAAACCAGACGAAUAAAGAUAUUGGGAACAUGCUCCAAUUUUUUGAUGUAAGCAAAAUAUAUAUAAACGAAGAUUAUAAAAAGCACAAUUCCAAAAAGAAAGCAUUCAAAAAGUAUCCUAAAAGUAAUGAUUUCAACGAAAAUAAAACAGAAAAUAUAAUCGUAAACAAAGAUGUAGAAAUAUUUGUAAACAGUUCGAAAAAUGCAAAAAAUGGCACAGACAAAAUAGUACAUGGAAGUACAUAUAUAAAUGAUACUGAUUUUGAAAAAAAUAAACUCGGCAAAGAUGAAUCCACUGUUUCCGAUGGUUAGUUCCUGUGAAUGGGAUUUUUCGAAGAAUA